UCUCACACUUCUCCAAAACAGCUUCCAAGAUUUUGGUGUUUGAUGGGACUUACUGAAGUUUUCUGCUGUUUCCUUUUUGAGGCUAAACACAUUAAGGCGACAUGCAUGGAGAUAUUGCGGAAUAAAACAAUUCUUGGACCUUUACUCGCCUCGUUUUGCAUGGAUAAUAUUUCUCAUGGCUUGAGAAGUUGAGUUUCGUUGUUGUUCUUGCAAAAGACCUUAAUUCUCCUUUUUCCAGCGAAAGGGAGGGAGCGCACCAGUACAUUGCAAUCCUGCGCCAGUAGACUUAUUUUAUAUUUAGAAAUUGGAAAGACUCCUUGGAUACACCCUCCCAACCCCAAACUGGAUAGACAAUGAAAAGCUACUGGUUUGCUUUUGCGGGGUUAUGGUGGAGCUCGUGCUGUAUAAUCAUCAUCGCAGGUAGCAGUUAUUUAUUUGACAGCAACAAUGAAGUCCAUCCGAACUUCGUCCAUCGACGUUUGCGGACACAUGAAAAACGAGAGAUGCAGAAAGAGAUCUUGUCAAUUCUUGGACUGCCACACCGACCGAGACCGCAUCUAUCACAUGGCAAAUACAACUCAGCGCCUCUUUUCAUGCUGGAUCUGUACAAUACCAUAUCGAUCGACGAGAAAAACGAAGUCGACGGUAUUUUGGAUCAGUACAAGUCCAUGUUCACCACUCAAGGUCCUCCUUUAGCCGCGUUCCAGGACAGUGCCUUCUUAAAUGACGCCGACAUGGUGAUGAGCUUUGUCAAUUUGGUGGAGUACGACCGCGAGCUGUCACCACACAGACGCCACCACAAAGAGUUCAAAUUCAACCUGUCCCAGAUCCCUGACGGAGAGGCCAUCACGGCAGCGGAGUUCCGCAUCUACAAGGAGUGUGUCAGCAAAGCGUCUCGUAACGAGACUUUCCUCCUGACUGUCUACCAGGUGGUGGGGUACCACCCUGACAGAGAUGCUGACCUUUUCCAGCUGGAAUCCCGCAGGCUGUGGGCGGCAGAGGAGGGCUGGCUGGAGUUUGACAUUACAGCCAGCAGUAACCUAUGGGUGAUGAGUCCACACCAUAACCUUGGCUUGCAGAUCAGCGUGGAGACCAGCAGCGGGCGGAGCAUCAGUCCGAAAGAGGCGGGGUUAGUGGGGCGUGACGGCGCUCUGGAGAGGCAGCCCUUCAUGGUGGCGUUCUUCAAAGUCAGCGAAGUGCAUGUCCGCACAGCGCGCUCCGCUGGACCGAAACGACGGCAACAAAGCCGCAACCGCUCCACCCAGCCACAGGAGGCGCCCAGGGGCCCCGGCCAAUCAGAUUACAACAGCAGCGACCAGAAGACAGCUUGUCGAAAGCACGAGUUGUACGUGAGCUUCAGAGAGCUGGGCUGGCAGGACUGGAUCAUCGCUCCGGAGGGUUACGCAGCCAAUUACUGCGACGGAGAAUGCUCCUUUCCUCUGAAUGCGCAUAUGAACGCGACCAACCACGCCAUCGUUCAGACACUGGUCCAUCUGAUGAACCCGGAGAAUGUUCCGAAGCCCUGCUGUGCUCCCACCAAACUCCACGCCAUCUCCGUGCUCUACUUCGACGACAACUCCAACGUCAUCCUUAAAAAAUACAAGAACAUGGUAGUGAGGGCAUGUGGGUGCCACUGACACCCCCACAUCCCUCCGAAUACCCAUCCCCAGCCAUGCUCCGCCCCGCAACCCCCCCCCGCCCGACAGCUGCAGCUCAGACUAAACGCACCACACACCACAAAAUGGGUGUGUGUUUGUGUGUUUUUGA